GUCAUCUGACCUCGAGGAUGGAUUUCCACUCUGCCUGUGUCUCAGUCGAGCACUCCACCCGUUUCACGGUGCCAUUACGCGGGUACGCAAGGGUGAAAUCGUUCAAGUGUUCUCGUUCGCUGGCGGACCUCUUGUGGCUCUGAACGGGCUCACUCGUAGUCUUGUGGUGUGGGUGUGUAGAUUUGUUGCGGCAGGUGUUGAGGCAGGUGUGAGGAGGAUGGGUCAGACCGGUAGAACACGCUGGACAUAACGCUGCUGCGUCUGUGCUGCUGCAGAUCUUCCGAGAUGACGGAGAAGGGGUUUCGGAUAGUGACCGACAAGAAUCUGGGUAACAACAGCGUCAGUCUUGGCCAGUCUGAGGUGUUUCUGAUGGCUUCUGUGUUGCUCUGCUUGUCUAGGACAAGCGGAAGCUAGCGAGUUUCCUGUUGUCUGUGAGAGUUGUCUCGGCGACAACCCAUACGUGCGAAUGGUACGCCAGAGUCUCAAGUGAGGGAGAGGACGGGGAAUGAACGCACUUCUCCGCCUACGCAUGUGCAGAUGAAGGGCGAGGCCGACAAGGAGUGCGAAGUGUGCCAGCGACCCUUCACGAGCUUCAGGUGGAAGCCUGGCGCCAAGGCGAGGUACAAGAAGACCAUCGUAUGCCAGACGUGUGCCAAGCUCAAGAAUGUCUGCCAAGUUUGCCUCUUCGACCUUGAAUACGGUGCGUGCAAGAGAGAGAGAGAGGGAGGGAGGAUAUCAGACUAUCAAUCCCCCCCUCACUGUGCGGCACUCUGUCUGCCUGUGGGUGCAGGUUUGCCCGUCCAAGUACGUGACAAGUUCCUAGAGGACCAGCAGAAGGUGGAGCUGCCUGACUCGGGAGUCAACAGAGACUACUUCGCGAGCCAAAUGGAUCGCAUGGUGAGACGUAAAGAAGCGAGCUGCACAUUGGUAGGACAGUUUCAGUCAUGCUGUUGCGGCUUUUAGACUGAGCAAGAUGCGUUGCCUUACGGCAAGGCGCCUCCUCACCCAGCCCUCCAGCGAUUGGCAAGGCUAGAACCAUAUUACAAGGUGAGCACAGAGAGGCACUGCAGUGGUCCAAUGCACCUUCCAUCUUUUCCUGUGGAUGCACAGAGAAACCGCGCUCGCGUGUGUUCAUUUUGGUUGAAAGGAGAGUGCAACAGAGGCGAUGAGUGCCCGUACAGGUGAGCAAGAAGCCGCUGGAGAAGCCCGUCCAUGAUUGUGGAGUUUUGUCGAUUUUUGUCAGGCAUUCGCAAGAGGAGGGUGAUCCUGAGCUCCAGCACCAGAACAUCAAGGACAGAUAUCUGGGAGAGAACGAUCCUGUGGCGAGGAAAAUACUGAGAAACGCGGCGGAGUUCAACACCCUGGUAUUUAACGGGAUUUCUUGCCCUUCUAGAUUGUUAACUUUUUGUUGCAUUUGUGUCUGGUCUGCAGACGCCGCCAGACGGUCAGGGUAGAGGUUUUUCCGCGUGUGAUAUCGAAUCUGUCCCUUUCUCUUUCACAGAUGGACGCAUCACAACGCUCUUUGUUGCCGGUCUUGAUGCGAGUGUCACGGAGAGUGACAUCAGGGACGUGUUCUAUCCUUUUGGAGAAAUCAGAUCCAUCAAGAUGGUGCCCAGACAGGUAGGUCGGCGACCCAGAGAUCGCAGGCUGAUGGAACACUCACUCUUUCAACUCAUGCAGCAAGCCGCAUUCGUGACCUACACCACCCGGAAGGCAGCAGAGGAUGCCGCAGAGAAGCUGUUCAAGUCACUCACCAUCGGGGUAGCCCAUGCAUUCCACUCUAAGAGGAUAUUCCAUUUGUACUGCCUGACCUGUCGCUGCAGGGUCGUCGCGCCAAGCUGAUGUGGGGCAGGCAGUCAUCAUCUGAUGCGACGGCUCCUGCUGCUCCUCCCGCUGGCUACCCGUCUAUCCCGCAGCCUGGAAUUGGACAAAGGCUGUAUUAUCCCUCAGCAGAUCCUGCCACCUAUGGUGGAAACGCCCCGAUACAGCGCUAAGUGAUGCGUUAUUGUCUUUUUUCC